ACGGCGUGAAGGGCCGAGGGGUGUCAGACACGAGGGAGACCUGCAGUAAUUAAGUUACACGUGCCAAACCACUUAUAGUUUACCUGGGUGUCCCUCAACACCCAAACUUUCCUAGUCCUCAUACACACUAGGACAGGUAACUCCACAAGACAGGUAACACGGCAGAUUCUAAUCGCCUGAAACAUCUGCAGGCAGCACAUGGGGGACGAGAGGCAGUGGCAUUGCAGAUAAUACGGCCGAAUCAAAUCACCGACACUCAUUGCGAUCUGUGGUCCGUGUGGUGCCGAGCACUAGUGCCUCCCCGACACUCGUUGCGAUCUGUGUUCCAUGUGGUGCUGGUCGUUAGUGCCUCCCUGACACUCGUUGCGAUCUGUGGUCCGUGUGGUGCCGGGCGCUAGGGCCUCUUCGACACUCGUUGCGAUCUGUGGUCCGUGUGGUGCCGGGCUCAUGGAGGUAUAAUGGCCGGGCAGGCUGGGCCCGCAUUUUGCAGAUGUGAAUUGCCAGUUUUGAAUUUGACAAGAACAGGAACUAGUAAUUAUCGUGUACCGUGAAAUGCAUAAAAGACUUAGAUUGUACACAAUACUCAAGACAGCAAUACCCCCUGGGUAAUUCUAAAUCAUAGAACCGCAUCUCAUUGUAAUCACAGGUGAGCCCGUGAACAUGAUCACAAAAACGAGUGUAACAGAGCUCUUGGUGAAGACAGUGUGGCACCACUUGGCAUCCUGUACCAUAAAAGUGCAAAAGUGCAACAUGAGUGACCAGUAUAGAGGGAAGGUGAUUGUGGCACCCAUGGUGAGGGUGUGCACGCUGCCUUUUAGACUGUUAACUGUUGAUUAUGGGACUGAUCUGGUCUACACAGAGGAAACAGUUGAUUACAAAAUGUUGCGUUCUAUUAAAAGACAAAAUGAUGUGUUGGGCACAGUUGAUUUUAUUGAUAAAUCAGAUGGAACAGUCUUUUUCCGAACAUGUGAAAGGGAACGCAGCAAAGUAAUUUUUCAAAUUGGUACAAAUGAUGCCCAAAGAGCACUCAAAGUGGGAAAGAUGGUGGAACCGUAUGUGGCUGGAUUGGAUGUUAACAUGGGCUGCCCCAAAGAGUUUAGUCUCAAGGGAGGCAUGGGAGCAGCACUUCUCACUCAGCCAGACAAGAUCAAGUCUAUACUGACUACACUUGUUCAAGGCCUCACCAUACCAGUAACUUGUAAGAUCAGAAUUUUGGACUCUCUUCCUGAAACCUUGGAGCUGUGCAAACUGAUUGAAGAGUGUGGUGUGGCAGCCAUUGGAGUCCAUGGCCGCACCAGGCAGGAGAGGCCCCGCCAUCCCAAUCACAAUGAUGUCAUCAGAGAGAUUGCAAAGGUUCUUACCAUACCAGUAAUUGCAAAUGGUGGCUCAAGAGAAAUUUCAAGACAUGAUGAUAUAAAAAAAUUCCAGCAAGACACGGGAGCAUCUAGUGUGAUGAUUGCUAGAGCAGCCAUGUGGAACUGCUCCAUUCUGAGGCCUGAGGGAUUCCUUCCUUUGGACACGGUGAUUGAACAAUACUUGAGGUACUGCAUUCAGUAUGACAACCCAUUCACAUACAGUAAAUACACGGUCCAGAACAUGCUGAGGGAGCUUCAGGACACACCUCGUGGCAAGGCCUUCCUAGAAACUCAGACCUUGCAGGAAAUCAGUAUAAUCUGGGGUUUGGAGGACUAUUUUAAGACACAACUGGCCAAGCAAAAUGAAGGAAGAAAAUCUCUUAACUUUGAGAUGAGUGAAGGUAAAACAGCAAUGCCCCCCAGUGCUGACCAUGUCAAGAUUGUGGAACGAGAAGAAAAUGGACAGAAAGUAGUGGAGAUGCCCAUUCAAUUCAUACGAGGAAAUUUUAAUAAUGCUGACCUACCAAAGAUGCUACUAAAUACCCAUGUGUUUCGCAAACAGUUGAAAGGACCCAUGUACAGUCAUGUUAUUGUUGACAAGUUCUUCAGUGCCUCAGUUACUGUUGAUGGUGUCAGGUACACCUCAACCCUCAGGGAGAAAAGCAAGAGAUAUUCAGAACAAGGUGCAGCCAUAGUCUUCCUACAUGCAAUGGGACUGGUUAGUAAAACUUAUGGAUUUGUCCCUCCACAAGGUGCCCGAAAAUAUCUUACUGAAGUCACCAGACAGAUUGUUAAGGAAGAUGUCAUGUCUAAUGAGAUUAUGAGGAAUAAUGAUGCAAGAAUAGAAAAUGAAGAGACAGAUUGUAAAAAAAGACGCCUUGAAGAUGACAGUGCUUCAGUGUCCUUACAUCAACAAGAAAGUUCACAAGAAACAGACACUUCCAGAAACAAUAAUAAAAGCAGCAUUACAGAUGGAGCAUCUUGACAGAAAUCGCAUUCAAAAAAUGAUGUUUUAAGCAAAAGUUAUGUACCUCAUUCAAAGAGAUAAAGAUACAUUAAUCUUCCUUAUUUUAUUUAAUCUUUUCUGACUAUCAGUGAAUAACGUUAUGAAAUCUGGACAUUAUAAUAUUAAAUGGAAUACAUAAAAUUAUAUUCAGAAUAAUAUAUAUAUGCUAUAUAUAGUUUUCUAAUAAUAUAUUGUGUGUCAGUGGAAAUGCAUGGAUUCCUCUAUUAAUGCAGUUUAUAAUUUUGUACGUUUGGGGAUUUGUGGGUUAAAGGGUUGUGGGUAUCUCCUAUCCUAAAACCCACACAACUAUGCAGAAUUGUGAUAAAUGCAAAUCCAUAAGUGAAACCAGGCAUACAAAAGUGAAUUUAUCUGCAGAAGUGGUAAACCUUAGAUGUUGGUGAUACGACUCUCUCUCUCUCUCUCUCUCUCUCUCUCUCUCUCUCUCUCUCUGUCAACAUCUACCUUUCUUUCUUGCUGGAAGUUUGCCUACAUUCAGCCUGUUCCUAAAACGGGUGACCAUUCUAAUCCUUAAAACUACUGUCCUAUUGUUUUAAUUUCCUGCAUAUCUAAAGUUUUUGAAUCUAUCCUCAACAGGAAGAUUCUUAAAUAUCUAUAAAAAAAAAUAAUAAUAAUUAAAAAUAAAAAUAAAAAUAAAAUAAACUACUGUCUUCCAACUCAGUAUUAUGAGAACUCGAAAUAUCAAUUGUAUGCAAUGCCUUCAUAAUUCAUAUAUAGUCUGUAAAACAGUGAAUAUCAUGGCUUCAGUUAUUUACCGAAGUAAUUUGCUCUCCUAGAAGAAAGACCGGCCAACCACGUGGUGACACUCUUUGUCGCUGUACUAGAAUCCAUAAUAACUUACAUUAUAUAAACUUUUGUUCAGUAAUAUUUAUUUGCUCUCUCUUGAAUGUACCUGCUACAUUUCAAGUAUCUUGGAUCGAAGUACAAGCGAAACGUUAAAUUCCAAGUAUACGUACAGGGACGCAAUUCAUAAAAAUCUGAUUCAAAUACAAGUAUGUACGUAAGUACAAGUAUGUAUUUACUUGGUCCCAUCUCUCUCUCUCUCUCUCUCUCUCUCUCUCUCUCUCUCUCUUAGAAGCCCUAGUGGCCUCCUUGUCGGCCCAAACAGUAAACAAGGGAACCACAGUGUCGGGCAGCGAGGCACACGCAGUAACCUUUCAUCCUCUCAGUCGCAGCGUAUCCUCGAGAGCAAAUAUAGCGGCGCUGCGAGAUGUUACUAAAGACAAUGCUGCCUGGCUUCGCAUUAGCAGUGAUGGCAGUAGUGGUGGUGGCGAACAGGGAAAUAAACUGGCGAGAAUCAGGAUCGGGGUGGGCCAGUGAGUGUGAGUCGCCGGUGUGUGGAAUAGCGGAGAAGCAGGCGGAGGGGCUGGCCAGGCUGAGGGUGCUGAGCGACUACAUCAAGGAAACGAUGAAUCUGAUGGAGUCUGUCAUCGCUUCCCUGGACGAGGAAAUGAUGGGAGUGGCACAGGAGCUGAGGAGUGUGGUGGGCCGCCGCUGCUACUCCCGGACACUGGCGUCUCUCGGCCCUCUUAUGGACCGUUGGAACCACACCGUACAGCAUGAAUCAGAAAACAUCAUUGAAGUUACUAGCGACUCUGAGGGUACUCGGUCGUCCACGGACAUGGAACAAGGGUCGAUCUCCUCGAUGUCUCAAGACGUUGAUACCGUGUUGGGCGAUCCUUACUCCACCACCCAACACACCUCCCAGUCCCAGCACUCAAGCAGCACCACAUACAGCACUUCGCCCGGUUCCUUCCAGCGUCCGAGCAGCACUUCUCAAACCAGCAGUACCUCACACACUACUGCCUCCGACAAAACCAGGAAGACGAGCCACAGUCCAGAUGUCAGCUAUAAGUACGAAGCUCAGCCUUCAGUCACUACGACGACAUACGUGGCACCAGAGCAGCCGCAGCCAGAGGAGGUCGGCAUGUGGCGAGGAGGCAGCGGCCGAUGGCAGGGCGGCGGACAUGGACAGGGCGGCAGCCGAGGACAGGGCACUGGUCGAGGACAAAGUGGUGGUCGAGGCAGGGAACAGGGUGGAGGUAGAAGGCCAGGUUGGGGUGCGGGUCAUGGCAGGGGUCAGAGUCACGGUAGAGGUAGAUAUCAAAACAGGGCCCAUGAGGAAGAAGCUCCAGUACAGCCGCAAGGAUCAGGAUGCCGCGGUGUUCCAGCAGGAUCGCCUCAUUAUAUACCUGGCUUAGAUGCUUGGUGCAAGAUUAAUUGUUCUCAAGGCAACUGUCCUUCAACCCACUGCGUCUGUUAAACUGCAUUUUCAUUAUGUGAAGGUGGCAGGGCAGGCUCACUGAAGAAAUGGUACGGCCCUGUUUGUUGCCGCUAUGGGUGUUGCAGGCAGCAUGAGACAUAUACAGUUAUUUGAUUAUUCCAUCUGGUAGAUUUAAGUGUUGACAUAAUCAGAAUUAACUCAUUGAUUGCUUUAUUUUCUCUUGACAUUCACCGUCUCCUUGUUGUAGCAAUAAAAUAUAUAAAACAA